AAAUGGCAAAACUCCAAGUUGGUGAUAAUGUUUGUAGUAAUGUCAAAAAUGAAAAUCUUGAAUUUUCUGAAAUUUAUUUGAUAUCUCACUUAGGACAUUAUGAGUUUUCUUUGAAAAUAAUAAAGAUUGAGUUCACAAAAUUUGAUAGGCAAAAAGACCAAAUUCGCAUAACAUCCAUGCAUUGCAUUUUUCGUGAAGAUCUAUCAGUUUUGUAUGCUCAAGAUGUGAUGCCUGGUGAAACAAAAAUCUUAGUUUUGAACAAAAUGAAUGAACUUAUUCCUGUCAUAGUUGAUGAUUUAAUAAUUAAAAAAGAUACUAGUUAUAUCAGUUUUUAUACACGUGCUGGCACUGUGAUUGCUAACAAUACUUUGUAUUUAUGUUAUGAUAAUUGUUUACCAUCGCAAGCUUUAAUGGACCUUGCAUUUGCACUAAUUCAUUGUGGACUAAAAUGUUCCCCUCUAAUUAUCGUCAAGAAGAACUUUACCUAUAUAUGCAAACUUUGGAGUCUACUUACUUUACUUGGUGCAAUACAUUGA